UGGUAAUAAAAAACCGUUGACAUUCGAAUUUAAAAGGCCGUCUUCUAAAUGUCAAAUCAGGUAAAAAGUGCGAGACCAAAGAACAAGUGGUUAAAGUAAUAAAAUACUGCUUGUGUUAAAAUGUCUGAAUCUGUAAAAGCACAGAAACAACAUGAUGUUAACAAAGAAAAUCCAACAACUUUCUCCAAAACAGCAAAACCGUCUUCUGCAAAACUUGCAUUAACAGAUAAUCAGGAAGUAAAUGUUCCAGAAACAAACAAACAAAGCGAAAAAGAAGCAGGAGGUUCAAAGCAACCCAAAAAUACAUGGACGCUGGAUGAUUUCGACAUCGGAAAACCAUUGGGAAAAGGAAAAUUCGGCAAUGUAUAUUUGGCACGUGAAAAAAGGUCAAAAUUUUUAGUUGCCCUUAAAGUUUUGUAUAAAAGCCAAAUUAAGGACUACAAUAAUCAACAUCAGGUCAGAAGAGAAAUUGAAAUACAGAGCCACCUUCGACACCCAAACAUUUUAAAGUUGUAUGCCUAUUUUCAUGAUGAUUCAAGGGUUUAUAUUGUAUUGGAGUAUGCACCCAAUGGUGCAGUCUACAAAUUUCUUAUAAAACAACCCCACAAAAGAUUCCCUGAAGAUGUCUCAGCAAAAUACAUAGCACAAAUAGCUGAUGCUCUAAAAUACUGCCAUUCCAAAAAAGUAAUUCACAGAGACAUUAAACCAGAAAAUCUUUUGCUAGGACCUAAAGGUGAAAUCAAAAUCGCAGAUUUUGGUUGGUCUGUACAUGCCCCUUCCUCAAGAAGAACAACUUUAUGUGGUACUUUAGAUUAUUUGCCACCUGAAAUGGUGACAGGCAAAACACAUAACUAUAAGGUGGACUUAUGGAGCAUAGGAGUUUUGUGUUAUGAAUUUUUAACUGGAAAGCCCCCAUUUGAAGACAAAGAAUACAAUGAAACAUACAACAAAAUUAGUAAGGCUAUAUAUUAUUUUCCAGAGUAUGUUUCAAUGGAAGCCAGAGACUUAAUUCAAAGAUUAUUAGUAGUUAACCCAAAUAAUCGGCUGGAACUGAGUGAAGUCCUAAAGCAUCCAUGGAUCUUAAAAUACAAUGGUGCACCUACAGACAACAAAGAAAUGUGAUUUGCUGUGUUAUUUUUUUUAUAAAUAUGUAAUUUUAUGCAAAAGUAGCUAUUAUUUUAUUCUAUUUUUUAAUUUUCUCUAGACGAAUCUUAUAGUUAUGAGAUUAUGUUUCCCAAAAUCAUAGCUUUGAAACAGGUUUUCAUUGCAUUUUAUGAGAAUAAUUUUAUUAUGGCGAUUAUUUUAAGGUAAUUUUUUAAACCUUUUUUGAGGUGCUACUUUUGUUAAGUCAAGCAAUUGUUCAUUAGGUAUAUUGUAAGGUAAAUUAAAUUAAAGACUGCUUAUUUUUAAAUACAUCUAUUAUUUAUCUAAUCCUUUUAAUUUUUUUAUUUAAUAAGCAGUUUUGUUAUAAACAAUAAUUGUUAAUAUUUUAUUAAGCUUGGAUUUUUUAAAUAAAAAUAAUUUAUUUUGUA